AUGGCAGGGUUCAACUUCACUUUCGGGCAGGUGAUUUCGUACCUGGCUUCCAUGCUCUAUGGACAGGUGGAUGCCACUUCAUCCUCCACUCGAAUCCAGGCCACCCAGGAUCUGUACGACUUCACAGCCAAGUUUUCGCGACUCUCAAACAUCGCGUACUGCAUCAAUGCCCCCUUCACGCCUCUCAGAACGGACUUCACCUGCGGAGAAAGCUGUCGGUACUUCCCCGACCUCCAGCUGGACUCAGUGUUUGGUGGUAACUUCUCCUCAGCCUCCACUACCGGCUACAUUGCAUACGACCACAAGAAGAAGGAAAAGUACAUUGUGUUUCGAGGAACUUUCAGUAUCCCUGAUAUCAUCACAGACAUUCAAUUUCAGACUGCCCCUUGGUUGACCUCUCUGCCCACGCAUCUGAUCCCUACCAAGGAGGACUUUGAACACAAGCAGGCCAUCCUGAAGCACUACGCUGCCGAAAACAAGGGUCUCAGCAACCUGGAAGAGCGACAGGAUGUUGUGCAUGAAGACCCUAGCCUGGUUCCCAAGAAAAUGGACAAGUGCGAGAACUGCCAGAUCCAUGACGGAUUCGCCAAGGGCUUCAACGAGACUAUCGAGCAUGCCGGACCCCAGAUUGAAAAGUUCCUGGGCAAUAACACCGACUACAAGAUGUUUGUUGUUGGCCACUCUCUAGGAGCUGCUCAGGCCCAGCUGUUUGCUACACAGUUCAAACUGCUGGGAUUUGACCCUUACAUGAUCAACUUUGGACAGCCUCGACUUGGAAACCCUGAGUUCGCCGCCUACAUCAACCAGCUGUGGUUCAACGAUACUGGUCUGGUUGUCAAUGAUGCCCGACGAUUCUACCGAGUGACUCACUGGAACGAUAUCGUCGUGGGAGUGCCCGACUGGCUCAAUUACACCCACUCUAUCGGAGAGGUGUUCAUAGACGAGGAGAGCGUUUACCCCAAGCUGGACAAGGUGGUGGUGUGCGAGGGAGGAGAGAACCCCCUGUGCCACCGAGGAACUUUCAACCUGUGGUCACGAAUCAACUUCCUGCAGAACCAUUUGGCUUAUAUCUUCUACAUUGGUCUGUGUGCUUUCAACAUUGGCCGAAGAGACGUGCUCAACAUGCCACAAUACCAGGGCAACUUCUCGUACCAGCACAACAUCGACCCCAACUACAAUUACGAUACCAAGGUUCCCACCCGGAUCAGUAAAUCAAACUAA